AACUGUUUUCUUAUCGUUCGAUUAAGUUUAAAUUGGUUUAAAUUUUUUUGUUUGUUUACUUUUGGAUUUUAUCUUUUUGUGAAUGAUUAAGAAAGAAGCGUGAAAACUAUUGAAGGAGAUCUAAGUUUGUUAAGAAACAUUAAUUAGAUUAUUUAAGAAACAAAAAAAGUUACAAGAGUUUUCAACUCAGUCGACACAGUUAUGUCCUUCAACAUAGAAUAACUAUAAGUUUCAGUAUCACGUUUUAUAUAACGUAAAUGUUGUGGCAAUGUUGUAAUUAUAUUAUAAUUUUGCCAUUUCUUAAAAGUAACGAUAAUAUUUAUAUUACUACUUUGUAUAAUUGUAAUUCCAAUAUUUAAUUAAAUUCUGUAUACUAAAGCAUCACAUACUUGAUAUGUAAAUGGCAUUUGCAUAUUUAUAUUACAUAAAGCAGUAGUAGAUAUAAAUAAUUAUAAAUAUUAAGAAUAUUUGUUAUACAAAGUAUUUCCAAAUUAUAUAGUAGUUGCAAAUUGUGUCAAUUGGGAAGUAACUAUCAACAAACAAAUUUAACAACUUUAAAACAAUGGUUAAAAAGAAGUUUAAUAGAAGUCUUAAUAAAGAGGAAAACUAAAAAAUGUUACGAGUUUUGUGCUAAAUAAUUGCCAGUUUAAGAAUAAGCUUAAUAAAAUUGAGAAAUCUGUAAAAAGAGGGGAAGUUAAGUUUUAUUCCAAAUAUCUAAUAAGUGGUUGAAGGCAUUCAAACUAAUUUAAUCUUAAUUUUAAAGGGAAAGAUGUUUUUUAUAUCUUUCAUCAAACAGUUAGAUAGCUGUCAGACUCAACGCUGAGUAAUGUCAUGUUAUGAAAGUUUUAUAAUAUCAUGUAUACGUAUGUUGUCACACAUAAUGAGAGUUUUUGCCAAGCAUUAGUUUUUUAGCCUGUAAUUUACUAAAAAUAACAUAUUCAUAGAAUAUUGUACCAAUUGUAUAAAAAAAACCUGUUGGAUGUCAUGGCCAGUCAUGGCUUCCAUUGUAGAAUUAAUUUUUAAAUUAUAAAAACAGUUUUUUGUACAAUCUUAAAACAUUUGAGGACGUAACAAAUACUUUAGUGUCAAACACGAUAUUUGAAUCUGAGUGAGAAUGUCUGUACACAUUAUGUGUUUGACCUCCUCAGGAGGAAUUCCUUUGUUUUCACGCCAGAAGGGAGAUAGUGACACGAUGACGUUUUCGAAAAUCGCAUCCCUCAAUGGAGUUCAUAUGUUUUUAAAAUCACAGGACAUUGCUCUCCUGAACACAGAUUUGCCGGACGUGACUGUAGCAUGGAAGGAAUUCGAGAAGUGUAUCAUAUUGAUAGCAAUUGCGAGUGGAGUAACAAAAUAUGUGUUGGACAAAUUUCUGGAUGCCACUUUCGGCGCGAUGGUUCUGUUUACUGGCAUUGACGAAAUAAAAAAUACAAAGAACAUAGAGAGACUCAAGAAAGAUAUGCGUCUCUGCAGUCCUAUCAUUGAUAAAUUAAUGGAUUGCUUGGACAUAGGGGACAAAAAUUCAACGAAAACCGAUAUAAUUAACAUGACGGAAUGUAUUAUAUCUUCGGAAAGUUAUUUGCUUCAGACUUGCUUAGAGGGAUUUAUGGAAUGUCUAGACUCAAUGUACGGAUGCGUUCUGGUGCACGGUUGUGUGGCAGCCGCUACAGAAGGCUGGUGGUUGCUUGAGCCCGUGGAAAGAAAAUUACUAACAAUAGCAAUUGCUUCUGAAAGUAUUUGUACCACGCGAGACAUUCCAGUGUUUUUACCCUGUAAAAGUCCAAACGUAGCUUUCAGAUUGGUAUCUGUAACUUUAAUUAAUCAUGUGGAAGUUCUGGCGUUAUGUGGACCAAGUCCAGAAUUAACGGAGAUCGAGAGAUUCGCUAUGCAAUGCUGGAAGAGUAAUAUGGAUGCAUUAUGCAAUGUCGAACAGUGUUAUCCGCGAAAUUUGCCUACCUCGAUUUCUUUAGAUAGCGAAACACUUGGAUUUCUACUGGCAAAUUACAAGCUAGAAAAAUUCGUGCUUGGCAGAAACUCUCAAUGCGCUAAAAAUCGUGCGACAGGAUCGCAUAGAUUGGAUAUUCUGCGAACAUUUUAUCACCAGGCGGUUGAAACGUUUAUGCUAUCGUCCGCCGAACAUGAAGAGAGCAACGACGACAAAGUAAACGCGAAUGCCUGGAAAUUUGUCGGGGCGAAGGAAACGUACUUGUGUUCCGAAUAUCACAAAUGUCAUGCUGUGAAACAUGGUGACAAUAUACUUUGCAUCUUAUACACAUCUGUCGUGCCUACUCAUACCAUGAGACUGAUUAGUCAGAAAAUAGUAAAAAUGAUAUUUAGCGAUAAGCAAAUAUAUUGGUAAUUUUCAUUUUUUUUAUUUUUAUAAUGUGUAAAAUAAAGAAUAUUGUUUUAUA